CGUUCACAAUCCGGUGGCUCGCCGCUCGCAGCGGCAGGUACCGGAGGUGAAGCUCAGCCGCACGGGGGGUUGCCAGAUUGACUGGCCGACCGCGCUCUUCUCCGCCGCCGCUCUUCUACGACAAACCCCCCUCCGCCGCAAAGCAUCGGAAAUGCCAUAAAACGCACCUAUUCCCCGCCCGGCUGUGUAUUCCCCUACCCAGCCAGCACCUCCAUCCGCACUCGCAACGCUACGCAGGAACCCCCCGCCCUUUUCACGUCCGCCUUACCAUCCAAAUUUCCCAUCCUCGAUUCGACUCCAUCCGUCUGCACUUCGAACAACCCCGCCAUCAGUCAAUAUGCGUUUCUCCCUCGCGUUCACCGCCCUCUUCCUCGCCCUCGCCGUCGCCGCUCCGAGCCCAGGACCGAAAGACCGUUCCUGCUCACCCGAGCAGCGAAUGAUGUGUCGCAAGAGCGGCAGCUGCGCGGAGCGCGAGUGCACGCCGGAGGAGGUCAGCGCCGGCGACCGCAGCGUCUGUCACGACCAUGGAUGUCCUGGCUACAACGCGUGUCUCGCGAGUGCGGGGCUGCCGCUGAUGAAGUGUAAGAUGGGAAAUUGAGUGGUAUGGCUAGGGUCCUCUGGGAGGGAGGCGAGGGGGGAGGGGGCG